AUGGCUAUGAAGGCAAAGAACGUUUCCAACUCCAUCAAGCAUGAAGUUGCUCGGUUGAACAUAAAUGUGAACCUCAGCAGGAUCAACACCAAAAACAUUGUCCAAGAAGGAUGGGCAACAGUGCUUGUAAGCUAUGGUUAUGGCAUUAGCUGCCCGCACAUUGGAAUGAAGGCAUUCUCAGAGCACAUAUCAUACAGCGAAAGUUUGAUUUGUAGUACAUUGGCAGCAUGACAAAAGCACAAGGAGCAUCAAUCAUCAUUUGGUGCAGCAGAUGUG